AUGUAUACCAUCCUUUCGACUCUCCUUACAAUCCAUACCAUCCUUGCCUUGAGCGCUGGCGCUCUCGCCACAGCUGCAUUAAAUGAGCGUCGAUCUGGCGGUUCCGGGACACUCGGUCAUGAUGCGGAUCUCACGAUAUCCGUCUGGGACGAUAUCGAUUGCACUCCCACGUUUGAGCCGAACAGCGAGUUCCAUUUGUCCUGGGGUGUGAUGCAGCCCACUAACGGUUCAACCAAUACAUUCAAGCUCAGCCGGGUUCUAAGAGACAACGAGCAACUCGACUGGAGUGCCGCCACGGCAGAUCCUCCGGGCGCAAACAGAGCUCGUUCAGAACGUAUCGUCCCCGGUUGCGAGCACUUUCUCCGGACAAUGCAUACGGCUCCGGGUGGCAUUGAGUCCUUACAGGAAAAUACAUGCUAUCAACUAGAUCUAGGGGCAAAUUGCGUGAAUCUGGUCGAUCGAAGUGAUCCGCCGCAAUUCAGUUAA